CGACAUUUAUUCUAACCAAUAAGCACGGAUUUAGUUGUUCCAAUUCCCUACCUUUCUCAUAAAAUUCAAAAUCGAAAAGGACAAGAUUGUUUUGUCAUGGAAAUAGCCGUGCCUAAUUUUGAUCCUAGACAAAAGCCUGACACACUUGCACAGGCAUUUAGUUUGGCACGAAAACCAGAUAUUGAAAUUUGGCACGGCAACGGUUGUGCCUACACCAUUACCCAAGAAUCCGAUAUUUACUGCACGCAAGGAGUACUUCCUUCCGCAGUAGCAUUCGCGGUAGGGGAAGCUUUCAGCGUUCUCACUCUCGAGCACCACAGGAAUCGCCAUCUACUACUACCCCGCAGUCCAUAUUCAAUGCCGGUGGCGACUUGGAGGCUGAGGUCGAGGGCGGAGGAGGCGGCGAAGGAGGAGACAGAGUUUCAACGGAGGCUAGUGCGGUGCCGUACGGGGAUCUUCCGCGCUUAAUCACUAAGGCCAAACUGAAGGGCUUCGUUACACAUGGUUUCCCGGGGUUUUGCCGGCGGGCACAAACAAAGUCAUGAGGAGCACCUUUAAUUCCCGCGGGUUUUGCCUUCUCCCAUGCCUGUUUUUCAACAACCUACGAUCCUCCCCCAAAUGUCAAACGUUCAACCGGAAGGACAUAAUUCAAAUAACUGUGGUGUUAACAGUUUUCUAAACAAUGAAAAUCUUUAAUUAUU